GUAUCUGACAACAAAGUGAUUAUUCUUGGCAAAGAAGCUGGUGUUGCCCUAAUGCGUUUAUUUAUUGUUAGUGGAGUUUUAAAAAAGGAAAAGGAGAGGUUUGAUUAGGUGGUUUAGUUAAUGCAGUUUAAAGUCGUUUGAGUGGGGGCUUUUUACAAAUUAAACAUGCUACUCUGCUUCGCCCUAUAAGCAUCCUAGGAGCCUGUGCUUACCAAUCAAUUGGUACAGUCAAACAGAGCCGCAGCCUGCGUUAGAGUGGAGACCUUCAGUCUCGCUUUAUUUCUGGAUAUUGGGGGACUUCUCUACCAUGUCAUAUCCACAAUUUGGAUAUCCCUAUUCGUCUGCUCCACAAUUCCUGAUGACAACUAACUCUCUGACCACUUGCUGCGAGUCCACCGGCAGAUCCAUAGCCGACUCCGGAGUAGCGGCUUCCGGACAGACACCUGUCUACUGUCCCGUGUAUGAGAGUCGGCUGCUGGCCACGGCGAGACACGAGCUGAGCUCAGCCGCUGCGCUGGGAGUGUACGGGAGCCCUUACACCAGUGGUCAAGGCUAUGGGAAUUACGUUACAUAUGGCACGGACGCAUCCGCUUUCUACUCACUGGGUACAUUUGAUACUAAAGAUGCCACAGCUUCUGCGCAUGCGGGAAUAACCCAGGCAACAGCUUACUACCCCUAUGAUCCUACCUUGGGGCAGUAUCAGUAUGACAGAUAUGGCUCCAUGGAUGGGGGAACAAGGCGAAAGAAUGCUACACGAGAGACGACCAGCACACUGAAGGCCUGGCUACAGGAGCACAGGAAGAACCCAUAUCCGACAAAAGGAGAGAAGAUCAUGCUGGCCAUUAUCACUAAAAUGACCCUGACGCAGGUCUCCACCUGGUUCGCAAAUGCUAGAAGGAGGCUCAAGAAGGAGAACAAGAUGACAUGGCCGCCGAGAAACAAGGGCUCAGAGGAGAAAAGAUAUGACGAUGAUGAGGAUGGAUCUCAAGAGGAGCAGAUAAAAAGCGAGAACAAUGACGAUGAGACCAGAAGCCGGCCCGACAAGGACCUCCAGUUGAGCGACUUGGACGAUUUCGACACGCUGGAGUCUGAAAGCUCUGAGUGUGACCUGAAGCACCGAUAUCACAUGAACACACACAUGACCACAACAACAACCGACUGCCCAGGCGAACACCUCCUCAAGGACGCGUCUCUGAAACUCUCCAUCCCCGUUUCUCUCGGAGAGGAGCAGGACUUGAGCAAGAGUUGUCUCAAAACGAAUCAAAACGACGGCUUCCAGUCGGACAGCAGACAGCAGGAAAAGGCGUGCUAUAAUCAGCAGCAAGGGCACCAGAUAUUAGACGGCAAACCUCGGAUCUGGUCUUUGGCGCAGACCGCGACGUCUCUGAACCAAACUGAGUACCCAUCCUGUAUGCUGAGGUGCCAGCCCCCGCCCUCCUCCCUCACUCCGUCCCCAGCCGCUACCUCACCCGUGACCGGCCUGGACAGGCAGGACUCGCCGGUCACAACCCUGAGAAACUGGGUGGACGGGGUUUUCCACGACCCCUUGUUCAGGCACAGCACUUUGAGCCAAGCCCUGACCAACACCACCGUCUCUUGGACCACGAACACCAAAGGCACAAUUCUGGAGGCUGAGAGAAGCACGUCGGCCUUGCAGCAGCAUCAAAACUCCUCCAAAGACAGUGCCAUGAGUUUUCCAAAAACUAUCAAUAAACUUUUCUGCUCCUAACAAAACCAAAUGAUCCUUUAUUGCAAAGAGAGUGGAAGACUUUUUGUGACUAAAACUCGGAUGGAAGAAAAAAGAAAAGAAAAGAGAGAGAGAACUAUUGCGUGUCUAUGAUUCCCUUGUUAUGUUUUAUUCUUUAUUAAAACAGUUGUAGCCAUAAACUGUUACACUCGAGUUACAGAAGGGAAACAUUUCGAUUCAACGCACGCACAAAAAUGUAUAACAAAGUUUACAUCUUGGGAAAAAAAACAACAACAAAAAAAAAUGUAGGCCUAAGCUUUUUCCUUUUAAUUUUUUUCUUUAAUAUAUGCGCAUGCUAAUGUAAUUGAAUAUUAUUUAGGUCUCAGCAGCUGAGUAUCACCAAUAAAAAAAAUAAGUCUCACUAAUGCACUGCUCUCCUUGGGAGUGGAUGAGAGCGUUUCAACUUUGUUCACUGAAAAAUAAAAACAGUCGGUUUCUGAAGAGCGCUUGUGAUGUCGGGUUAAUGGUAAGAGUUGCUGUCUAUGGUGCUGAACCAGGCCGUUCCCCCUUCUGCUCUACUUUUGCGUUUGCUUUUAUCUAAAACAAUGACUUCACCCUUCCCCCGCAAUAUGGGGCCUGCUGCAAGGCUGAGGGGAGAAAACAUUUUUAAAAGCAUCCUGCAGUUUAAAACAGCACUCCCAUCACUCCUAAACCAUAAAAUACUCUCACGAUUUAACAUCUCGCACCCUCUUUUUUCUUCAGAAAACACUCACUCUUGUGCAAUGACGGGAAGAAAAUGAGGCAGCUCAUCCCCACAAGACAGAACAAUAUCAGUAUCUAAGAUCUGCCUCAUUAAUUCCCUCUAAACAGGCUGUAAUUGGGAUGUUCACAGUCAUAUCUCAUGUCGGGCUAUUGAUUUCCCCUCUCUGCUCUCUGAUAAUAUUAUCGAAAUAUCUCAACAUCUUCCAUGAUGCGGCUGUCAGAAGGGUAAGUUAUUCGCCAUACGUCCGUUAAUGGGUUCAAAACGGAGGCCCCGUGAAAUAAUUUUGAAGUGAGGAGUUUUCGCUUUGACACUAACCCCUCAAUUUUCCUGGAGACGGGGGUGGGGGGUCCGGCAGAAAAACAGCGCGGAUGCUGAUUCCUCCGCUGAAAAGUGAAAGGGCUUUUACGAAAGAGGCACUCACGUCGUCUGGAAGUGAAAAGGGCAAAGGAACUCGAAUUAGUUGUUGUAGAUAAAAGGGCAAAAAGAAAGGAGUCAAGGGUACUUGACAGUAAUGGCGAAAGAGGAGCUCUCCGGGGACUCUGUCCUGUGAGGAGGGAGUGGGGUGUGGUGGUGGUGUGGAGGGGCUUCGGUGAUGAAUUUUAAUGGGAAAAGCACCAACGAUCGAGAUCACCCCCGCCCUCCCCGCGCCCCUUUAAAAGAAAGUGCAACGGUGGACAAAAGAAAUUUUCUAUAUAACGCUUGUAUUUUUUAUUUAUUUAUUUAUUUAUUUUCUUUCUUUCUUGGGCCGAAAAAAAACCUUG